GUUCACAGCUGUGGAAGCUAUGCGCUAUACUCUCUCUCUCUCUCUCUCCCUCUCCCAGAAUGAAGACAGGUGUACUGUCCCUUCCUGCAGAACUCAUGGCCCUUAUCGUUCUAGUUGUGCUACUUCUUCAUCAAACUUGCAGUGCUACGGAUUCAAAUCCGGCCUGUGUUCCUUCUUCCUGCGGCAAUAUCCCCAACAUAAGCUCUCCAUUUCGAUUGCAAAACGAUCCUCCAAACUGCGGCAACCCAAGCUAUACCCUGUCAUGUCAGGACAACCAAACUGUGUUAUACUUAUUCUCCGUAGAACACUACGUACAGGAAAUCAAUUACACUUCCCAAACAAUCCGAGUUGUAGACUCGGGUAUUCAAAAAGAUAAUUACUCCUACAUCCCUGGUUAUCAUUUCGAUUUAUGGAAAGAUACUCCAUAUUAUCCGCAGAAUGAGAGAGAAAACAUGGUUUUCUUAAAUUGUGAAAAGCGAGUGAAUUCCUCACAGUAUCUGAACAAAUCUACUUGCUUUGGCAAUAGAGCGUAUGCUUCCAACUCAUCUUCAUCCCAGCCUGAGGCCGGGUUUAGAUAUGUGAUAUAUAACCAGACGAAAGCAGGGGUUGUGGAGGACUUGUGCCAAGUAGAGCAUAUAUUCCCGACAUCGUGGCCGUCAGUCCGCAACCUGCUACCAGAAGACUCAAGUAGUAUUUCCUGCACAGACUUGCACAACCUAUUGCUAUACGGUUUUGAGCUUUCUUGGUGGACCCCGUCUACAUAUUGCGGAAACUGCGGCAUCUUCGAGUUUAGCGUACAACGUUAUUGCUGCAAAAGACAUACCGGAAUCCUUGGAAUACCAUUUUGGGUUUUCAGAGCUUUACGUGGCUUACUGGGUCAUUUAUACAGCGUUAUUCAGGAUAAAGUAAAGCAGACAGACCGUGGACGUCGGAUUGAUAAUCGUAUCACAUAUUAUAUAGAUGGAGUUAGUUAUAAAGGAUCCCUAAUACAAGUACUAAUGAUCAUUAUUAUCGACCUCGGAGUAUGCCACCAUGGAGCAAAAAUUAUAAUGGGGACCCCAUUUGUGCUUGCAUUCUUGAUAUAUAAAUGGCGCAGGAGACAUUUAUCAGCGUUUGACAUCAUUGAAGAAUUUUUACAAAAUAACAACAAUCUCAUGCCAAUAAGGUAUUCGUACUCAGAAGUUAGGAAAAUGACUAAAAAUUUUAAAGAUAAAAUAGGUGAAGGUGGCUAUGGCACUGUCUUUAAGGGAACACUUCGAAGUGGUCGACUUGUAGCUAUAAAGAUGUUAGGUAAGUCCAAAGCUAACGGGCAAGAGUUUAUUAGUGAAGUUACAACAAUUGGAAGGAUUCAUCACAUUAAUGUAGUGCAACUAAUUGGCUUUUGUGUUGAGGGAUCAAAACGUGCUCUUAUAUAUGAGUUCAUGCCCAAUGGAUCUCUCAAUAAAUACAUUUUUUCACAAGAAGGAAGUAUUCUUCUAAGCUACGAGAAAAUGCAUGAUAUUGCUUUGGGAGUUGCUCAUGGUAUUGAGUAUUUGCAUCGAGGAUGUCAAAUGCAGAUUCUGCAUUUUGAUAUCAAGCCUCACAAUAUUCUGCUCGAUGAAGACUUUACUCCUAAGGUUUCUGACUUUGGUCUAGCAAAAUUGUAUCAUAUGGAUGACAAUACUAUUUCUUUAACUGCUGUAAGAGGAACGUUAGGAUAUAUGGCUCCUGAGUUGUGCUACAAAAAUAUUGGAAGCAUCUCAUACAAAGCUGAUGUUUAUAGUUUUGGAAUGUUAUUGAUGGACAUGAUGGGUAGGCGAAAGAACAUGAAUGCAAUUGCAGACCAAUCAAGUAAAUACUUUCCCACUUAUGUCUAUGAGGAAGUGCAAGAUGAAAAUGGCAUAAAAAUAGAAAAUGCCACGGAAGAUGAAAAGAAAAUAGCCAAGCAGAUUAUUAUAGUUGCGUUAUGGUGUAUACAGAUGAAACCAAACGAUCGUCCUUCAAUGAAUAAAGUUGUAGAAAUGCUUGAAGGGGGUAUUGAAAGGUUACAAAUACCUCCCAAGCCUUUUCUAUCAUCACCGGAGAGACAACCAGAAGAUAUUGAAGACAAUUCAAAUCAAACUUUCCUGUCAAGUCAAUAUACUCAAUCGUCGAUCCAAAGUAAUUGAUAUGUUGAUUGUUGGUUUUACAUGGGGAACCUAUUAGUUGUAACCAAGAAGAAAAUCUUGUAAUAUUUGACAUGCAACAUAUGAUUGUUUUCCUUAUUCCCAUUAUCUUUUACUUGGAAAUUUUAUUUGCUCA